GAGGCCCCGCCCCCAACGUCGCCGACCCCGCCCACGACGCUCCGGGACCUCUCGCGCUGUCCCCACUGCUCCUCCUCGGCUGCUGCACUGAGCUAUGGCGUUCGUGACCAGGCAAUUCUUGCGCUCCAUGUCCUCCUCUUCCUCUGCGUCGGCGGCCGCCAAGAAGAUCCUGAUCAAGCAUGUGACCGUCAUCGGCGGCGGGCUGAUGGGCGCCGGCAUCGCGCAGGUAGCUGCAGCAACUGGCCAUACAGUAGUAUUGGUGGACCAAACGGAAGACAUCCUGGCAAAAUCCAAGAAGGGAAUUGAGGAGAGUCUAAAGAGGAUGGCAAAGAAGAAGUUCACAGAAAACCCUAAGGCUGGAGAUGAGUUUGUGGAGAAGACCCUGAGCUGCCUUUCAACCAGCACCGAUGCGGCAUCCGUGGUGCACAGCACAGACCUGGUGGUGGAGGCCAUUGUGGAGAACCUGAAGCUGAAGAACGAGCUGUUCCAGAGGCUGGACAAGUUCGCUGCAGAACACACCAUCUUUGCCAGCAACACGUCUUCUUUGCAGAUCACAAACAUAGCCAAUGCCACCACCAGACAAGACCGAUUUGCUGGCCUCCACUUUUUCAACCCCGUGCCUAUGAUGAAGCUUGUGGAGGUCAUCAAAACACCGAUGACCAGCCAGAAGACAUUUGAAUCUCUGGUGGACUUUUGUAAAACCUUAGGAAAGCAUCCUGUCUCUUGCAAGGACACUCCUGGAUUCAUCGUGAACCGACUCUUGGUGCCAUACCUCAUUGAGGCCGUCAGGCUACACGAGCGAGGCGAUGCGUCUAAGGAAGACAUCGAUACAGCGAUGAAGCUGGGAGCUGGGUAUCCCAUGGGUCCGUUUGAGCUUCUUGACUAUGUUGGACUGGAUACUACAAAGUUCAUCUUGGACGGGUGGCAUGAAAUGGAGCCAGAGAACCCCUUAUUUCAGCCCAGUCCUUCCAUGAAUAAUCUGGUGGCCCAGAAGAAGCUGGGCAAGAAGACCGGAGAAGGAUUUUACAAAUACAAGUGACACUUCCCCCAGCAACACCUCCAGCCAGCCAUGGGACAAGGAUGAGCAAGCCCUGGGCAGGUGGUACCGAGGCUUGCCAGGGGCGGCUCAGUGGGCCCUCCCUUGCAGUCUCUCUGAAGUAAUCUUUUGACUAGUUGCAGUCAUGGGGUUCUUCCACUGAAAUGGAAUUCUCUAGUUUAGUCUGUUCUCUGACUUUUUCUGAAAAAAAAUUACACCCUUGGUGCCUUGGAGCAACAUCUUUUUUUUUUUUUUUCCUGAACCUUGCCACUUUUUGUAAAAAGCGUUGCUUAGACUCAUUCCCUCAGGUCUUCUGAAAAUGAGUAUUCUAUGUUUAUCGGUGUUGAACCCCAGGGGCAGGAGCCACGGGGCCUACAGAUGCACCCAAGGGCAGCAGCCAGUAGGACGUGAGGUCUUGCCUGCCUGGGAACAUUUGCAGCCUGCAGCCUCGAGCCUUAGCCUACAUUCUGGGCCUGACAGGAAAUGUUCUGUCUUUCUUUACCCCACACCAGGACUCCUGGAGUGGUGGGCAAAUACCUGUGAGCUUGUUUUUUGGGGGAAAGGCCUAUCUUUGAGGCCAUUCAGAUCUUAACCAUCACUGUCCGUCCUUCUUGUUUCUUCCGGUGAAAUCUGUGCUACCAAGUGCCUAUGAAUUGACUCUACUAAAAUGAAAUCUUUUAAUUUGUAAACAUUGGAAUCGGAAUAAAUAAACUUAUAUAACUUAAAAGCAUAAAAUCCUUAAGUAAUUAUAAA